CUCCUCUGCUGGCACGCGCCCCCGCUGACGUGAAGCGGAGCGCGCGGCGAAAGUUUUUUAAACAGCCCCUGUGUCCCGCUGCGCGCGCACUCUGCUCCUUUUACAAACCUCUUGUCAAAAUGUUUUUGUGGCUCUGAGGCAGCGGCAGACGCAACCUUUGCCUCGGCUGAACUCGCCAUGUAGCCCGCAGGCGCUGAACGGAGCAUUACGGGAUAUUUCACUGGAUCUUGCGGUUCGGGAGCUGCAGAGCGCGGCUGGUCUGGUCUGGUCUGGUGUGCGGGAUCCGGUGACCGCCGGGGCGGACUGGCCAGCAUGCUCCGGCCGUGGGCUGUGCAGUGGAUCACGGCUGUGCUCCUCUGUCGGGCGGCGGCACAGUACUCCAGCGACCAGUGUAGCUGGCGAGGAAGUGGUCUGAGCCAUGAGUCCCAUCGCAGAGACGUGGAGCAGGUCUACUUACGUUGCUCCCAGGGCUCGCUAGAGUGGCUCUACCCCACAGGGGCCAUCAUUGUCAACCUGAGGCCAAACACAGAACCUUCAUCAGGACACAUGGCAGGUCUCCAUGUGUGCAUCAAACCCCAUACUUACUCCCAGGGUUCUCAUGUGUAUCUGGAGCGAGCUGGGGAUCUGAAGCUGCUGCUGGCGGAGGGGGAACAGGCUCAGGGCACAGUGCACUGCUUCAGCCUGGCGGAGGGGGCUCUGUUUGUGGAGGCCGUCCCACAAACAGACAUCAGCCGGAGGAUCACGGCUUUCCAAUAUGAGCUGGUGCCCAGCCAGGGGCCGGGGGCACAUAUGUACCCAUACCUGCACCCUGGUUUAGUCACCUGUGAACCAUGUUCAGAUGAAGAGGUCCUCAUGGCUGUGUGCACCAGUGACUUUGCGGGCAGUGGCAUCAUUCAAGGUGUGGCGUCAGAUACAAACGACCACCUCCGGGUUGUGGUGACUAUGAGCCGGCUGUUCCGUCAGAAGAGUGGGUUGUUCGCUUGGGGUGGAGUCAGAGGGCGAAGCUGGAGUGGACAUGUCAACGUUCCCGCAAAGUGCGGUGUGCAUCCUGGAGGGGAUGAGUACCUUUUGACUGGCUAUGUGCAUUUUGGCGAAGCCUGGCUUGGCUGUGCACCUCGCUACAAGGACUUCCUGAAGUUGUACAUCAGAGCACAGGGAGCGGGAACAAACCCCUGUCAAAUAGACACAGACUGAGAAAUCUCCUCAUGGUUCUGGAUAAAACAGGGUGAAGGAUUAUGAAAAAGUCAAUGAGGAAGACGCAAAGAGGAAGAGGCUGAAAUUUGGAGGAUGGAGCUACAUUAUUUUGAGCCCGAUAGAUAAGCAGGGUUACGGACCGCCAGCCAUCAUUAAAGGCUACUUCUGCAGGCUCUUUUGAAUGCUGUGCAACUUAUUGCUGCCCCGCAGCAGAAAUAACAGUUUGAACAAUUAAGUAGCCAAUGUGCUGCCUAAACUGUUUAGAAGUACUCAUUUGACUGUACUUGUAUACUGUGUGUGUAAAUUUGUUUGUGCAUGAGUGAGACAAUGAAUGAAUGAUGAGCUUAAAUUAAUUUUGUGCCUGACUGGUUAAAGGUUUUAUUCUCAUGAUGAUACGGCUUGCGUGGUCAUUCUUGAAAGAAAGUUUGCUUUGUAAAAAGCUUUCUGUAAAAUUUAGGAGUCUUCUGACAGAAGUGUACAGUUUGCAGCUCUGUGAGUCUUUAUGUACUUAAGUGUGCGUGUUUUGCUAAUGAGUUCAAAGCGUCUUUAUAUUUACAGAAAAUAAAAAUCCAUCCUUCAA